AAGAGCAUCGAUUGUGGCAACCCAGUAAGGUCGAGCCAAUGGAUAUGGAGAAGCUUGCCCUAGUACAGAAGUAUCUAGAAGAUGUUCAUGAAACUCGUAGUCUGACGGCUGAGGCGAGUGACAGUGCUCUGGGUACACAAGCCGCGGUAUCUGAAAUUGAAACAGAAGAAAUUAGCGAGGCAGAUAGACUUUGCUUGAAAGAUCUCAGUCGUUUGGUCACAGAUGAAUUGAAUCAAAGGCUAAGGGGUGAUGCUGCUGCGAUGGAAAAAGUCUCCCGGUUUUUCGGUUUAAAAGGCGAUCCAUUCUCUUUCUCUUUCCUUCCUAUUGAAAAUUCCUUUCCUGACACUUCCGUGAGCGUGUUGAAAGAAUGCUUCGAGGCCUUGCGCUUGGAAGACCUCGCUGAGAUUCUAGCCAAAGUGAAACCACGUGCACUUUGCCCUGCGCUGUCUCCGGAGGAGGUGAAAAAAUUGCAACUCAGUGAUCAUCGCACGAAACACUAUAGCAACAUGGCUGUUUUGGUAGUUAAUAUCGGCAAGGAAAAAGGUAUUGCAACAAUGAUUGAAAAAUUUUUUAAAGAUCUAAACCCAAGAAACGAAGUAUGUGUAAUACCGUUCACCAACCUGGACGAAAAGUAUCUAGUGCAGAGGAACAUCAAGCAGAAGGAGCGAGUGGUGAUGUUCGAAAUCAGCCAGGAAAAGCAACUCAGAAAUCGGUUAGAAAUCCAGCUGCCUGAAUUAAAAAAGAGGAUUGAUGGGGAAGGUCAGGAGAAUAGUGAAAUCCCGGAAAAAGGAAGCAUGCAGAGACUAAAUCUGCGGAUUUAUCGGCCUCAUCGGAAAGCACCGGUUAAAUUAGAGUCACUUAUAAAGAUCGAAAUGGAAGAACGCUCUCUGAGAGCAGAACUUGAGUACCGCGCAAAAAAUAUUGCGAAAUUUCGAGAAGACAUUAAAAGGGAAACUGAGUGGAUUGAAGAUAUUGAAAGGGAGAAUAGCAAUACAAAGUCCGACUUGUUAACUGUCAUGGACAAAUGGAUCCAAGAUCAAGGUGGAUCUACCUUCAUUGCGGUAUUUUUAAUCUGUUCUAACCUUGGGGCCACGUGUUUUUUUCAAGAACGCCUUCAUGAAUCUAUUGAUGAGAAAUUGGCAUCAAUUCCAGAACAUGGAAAACUCGUGGUGAGCCCUCCUGGAUGGAAAACUAUCGGUGAAAUUCCCGAAAUUCUCCAUAUAACGUUGGGGCAAUUUCGUCACGGUUACGUCAGGGAAGGGGAAGACUACAAUUCGCAGCUUUUCACUUCAUUCAUUGAAAUUUUCAAGAAGCGUUGGCCUUCGUCGGACCUGAUUUCAAUGGUGAGAGAAUUUAAACGGACUUGGCCACAUCAUUUACAAUUGAUGGACAAUUUGUCUACACUGCCACGGUUUUAGGAGAUAAACAAAGAGAUUGUUGUAUAGAUUAUGAUUUAUAAUCUUUUACUGCUUAAUGUAUGUAUGGACAAAGGUAUUACUUGAACACUUUUACUCUGGGCGUUGAUAUGGACGUUCACAUGGCAAGAAGGCUGGCCUUCGUAUGACAAUUUGAUUUCUUAUACUAUUUAGCUAGCGGUAUUUUAUAUCGCUUCUCCCUUUUGUUGUACGUGGGAAAGGUAUGAUGGCUUGAGGUAGCAUAUCUUUUCGAGUGGAUUUGUUAGAACAUACCUGAAAGCAAGGCAAACUCAAACUAGCUCUCCCUGCUUUUGGGUCGUGGGCCAUGGCUCAGUUCGUGCUACACAGCCAGAAUGAGGUAAUGAGUGUUUCUGUGAAUGCUCAUUCUGCCAGAAUGAGGAAAUAAGUGUAGAGGAAUGUCAGUAGGAUAGAACAUUCACUGUUGUCCUCUACUAAUCUUUUUUGUCCGUAUGUAUUCGUCACAGUCUACCAAACCUCGCUUUGAACAACAUAACAUAAUUCGGCGUAAAUACAUUGCCUACGUCCUUUUUAAAUGCAUCCUGUCAAUGCUCCACCAUCAAACAUCUUCCUCACUGUUUUAGCUCCGCAAAUGACGAUAGGUAACAAGCAUGGUUUCCCUCAAGAAGGACAGUGCACUUCAACGAUACUUUUUCUAAGAGUUUUGUAGCAGCCCAAUUGCGAUAUCGCUUUAAAAAGGGAUGUGCAGUAAUAAAAGGUACAAAAGACCGGCACUUAUCGGAUAAAAUCCGUCUUAUUUUACAAGGUUAGACUUUUGAACAUUUUUCAAUAAAACAACUUAAUAAAUGUGAA